AUGGAAAGACCGGCCAUCUCAAAAAUGACUGUUGGCAUGGAAAGAAAAACUGCCAAGGAAGUUAUCCAACUAGUCAACGGCAGCAAGGACCACAAAGAGGUUACAACAGAGGUGGAUUUCAUCGAGGUCGUGGCCGAGGCAGAGGUCAAGGUCAUUCCAGAGGUGGGUCGUUCCGCAAGAUGGCUCUGCGGCAGAGUCAUGGAUUGCUCGGACAUUGAUGAAGACAAUGUAGAUGCAAAUAAAACUAGUUCUAAUAAUACUGUGGAACAUCUCGUUAAUGAUGAUAAUUUAAGUCACAAUAAGGACAAAUUUGUAAUAAAAGAAAAGUCAAAAAUAGAGAUAAGUCCAGUUUCCAGAUAUGGUAAUCCAGUACCAAACUUUAUUUAUGUAAAUUACAUUGAUACAAACGUACCAAAUACACUUGAGGAAGCGAUGAGUUCCCACGAUUAUAAGCAAUGGCAGCUAACGGUAGACUUAUGA